UCGUAAAAAAUGGACGCAGAAAAACUGCGUAUUUGUGUGAAAUACCCUAAAACAGAAAGCCAAAUACUUCUCGUGUGCCAUCCAUCGACAUGACAUGUUAUUGGUCAGAUUUGACAAGUGACAUUCGCCAUAUCAUGUGUUAUCAUUUGCACAGUCAGCCAACGCUGCAUCAAGUUGUGACUCAAUAAAGCCACAGACAGGAGAGUGCGCCGACUGUGGACAUGGCGCGGCUCUUGAGUGUCUUGUGCUUAUUCUCCUUGACGUUGGUAUAUGUACGAGCGCAGACCUGUAAAAAACCUGCAGACGUCGCCAUUUUACUUGAUGCAUCGGGUAGUAUUGGUAGGAAGAGAUGGCCAAAGGUUGCGGCUUUUACUAAGUCUCUUGUGAACUCCUUUGGUGUUUCUGAAGAGGGAUCGCAUUUUGCUGUUGUGAUGUACGCCACAAAUACAGCGGUCGUGGUUGACUUUGAUGAUUUCACUGGAGCAGCCCGAACUCCUGAGAAUAUUAAUGCAAAAAUUGAUGAAGUCGAUUAUAAUGAGUGGAAGGGAAUGACGUAUAUCGAUCGUGGGUUAGAUACAGCUAACAGGAUGGUCUUCACAGAAGAGAAUGGAAUGAGACCGGACAAGAAAAAAAUCCUGAUUCUCUUCACGGACGGUAAACAGACAAAAACUCGAGACCCUUACACAGAAUUGGACAUCGCCGCUCAGCCUCUUAAAGCAAAAGGAGUUGAAAUACAUGCUCUAGGAAUCGGUAAAAAGGGCAAGAUUGAUGUCGAUGAACUCGGGAGCAUGGCAACUAAGCCUGAAUACGUGUACACUGCUGAAUCUUUUGAUGACCUUUUGCCGAUGGCGCUUAGGAUUAUUGAAUUGUCUUGUGAUCUCCCUAGAAAGACUACGAGUGUGAAAUACAAUGCACAGGGAAAUUUUCUCUCUCAUUUAUUCACUUGAUAUUUAUACAUUUAUUACUAUUUUUUAAUUACUAAUUU